AUGUCCGAAUGUCUCAGCGACAAUGGCCCGGCCAGGGCAGUGGCUCUUGGCAAGCCCGUCUUAGAAACCGAGAGCAAGAUGUGGGUGGAUGACAUCCAAGCCGAAUGUCGGCUAAUGGCUUAUGCCACGCCAGAUCCAAAGAUAGAGAUCAUUGCUGUGGUGAAAGGAAGCGUGGCUGAUGCCGCGGGUGUGCCUGUCCGCGUGCAUUCGGAGUGCUUCACUGGAGAUGUGCUCGGGUCACAGCGUUGUGACUGUGGACAGCAGCUCCACAAGUUCAUGCGGAUUAUGAAUGAUUCGGCUUGUGGAGUCCUGCUCUACAUUCGUGGCCAAGAGGGGCGCGGUAUUGGACUUUUCUCAAAAAUUCGCGCGUACCAUCUACAGGACCAAGGUCAUGACACGGUGGAUGCAAAUUUGAAGCUGGGACUUCCAGUGGACAUUCGUAGCUACGAGGAUGCAUUGCAGGUGUUGCAAGACCUCAGGCUCAAGUCCAUCCGGCUGUUCACAAACAAUCCAGACAAGAUGUCUGCCCUGAAGAUCCUCACGCAGGAGGUACAGGCGCUGUCGUCUUUGCCAAAUGAACGCAACAUCGGCUACCUUCAAACGAAGAUUCAGAGGCUGAACCAUCGGACAGUGCUGGAGACCUUCAAGUUGCCGGAACUCGGCCUGGAGAAGUCCCAGCUCCGAAUAGGACUUGUCUACACGACCUGGAACCAGUACUUUGUUGAUGAACUGGUUUCAUUAGCGGCAACGGAGCUCACAAGCUCUGGCGCCCACAUAUUGAAAAUGGCAGUGCCGGGAGCCAACGAGCUCAUCAGCGGCUGCAGAAUUGCCUUGCGACACCACAAGCCCGAUGCUGUCAUUGCUGUCGGAGUGCUUAUUCGAGGGUCCAGUGAUCUGUACGACCGCACCUGCAAUGCAGUCAUGAGCGGUUUGACAGAGCUGAAUGCCAUCCAAGACACGCCAAUCGUCCUCGGCAUCCUCAUGUGUCAGAAUGAGGAGCAAGCCAGCGAGCGCUCGCAUGGACCAAACAAUCCAGCAAAGGCGUGGGCGCAGACCGCCAUGCACAUGGCGUCGCUUGCACGAACGUUCCCUGGGCCUGGUGGCUGA